CACAAUGGUUGAAAUUUGAUUAUGGGUUCUUAAUAAAUGUUACGUUGAAACAAAAAGGAAAAGUUUGGUUAUGGAUUUGCCAUGCAGUUGGCAACCUGGUUCAACCGUUCAAGAUUUGGACGAAGGGAAGCUGAAGUUGAGGGGAUGGGAAGCUGAAGUUGAGAAAAUACAAUAUGUUUACAGCAAUGCUGUCAUGGAAUUCUUGAGAGGUCUGAGAAGUCAGUUGAACAAACUUGUAUCUGAAUUGGCAAUUCAAGGUUUGGCUCCAAUGAUCCUAUCUAGAUACUAGUUGAGGUUCAAUGCUGAUAAGGUAUGAUUUAUAUUUUCUAAAGCUGCAGAAUUCAACUGAGUUUCUUCAACUCCUUGUCCCUUCUUUGUUAGUGCUGUGAUCAUGUGCAAGCAGUAUUCUGAUCAUGCAAAUUGUCAUGUUUUCCUCUGUUGAUCUAUCAUCUACCGUAUUUUCUACGUCUGUGGAAUUGAGGCUGCUAUAUGUUUGUUGUUUAUUUGUAAGCAGAGAGGAAACUGGUGAACUUGUUGUAGGAACUGUUGCUAAUGUUUUCAACCCUGAAGCUUGUGGUCUUCUUACAUGUGCGUGGAUCGUCUGGUUUCCUUGUUUGGAUGCCUUUCAUUGAGGCAAUUGUUCCUAAGAUUGACUUGAUUAGAAGAGAAAUGGAGAUCACUUCUCCAAAGGUACUACCUGAGUUAAACUUCUGCUCUGAUAUAUGAGGUGCCAGCUUGUGAGACUAGGCAACUUCUUGGUUUGACUUUACUUAUGGAGUAAGAAGAUAGAACACGGAUGAAAGAAGAUGAAUUUUAUACUUAAGAUCUUGUUGGAAUGAAACAUAGUGUUUUGAAUUUUGCUUCCUGGUUGAAUGUUGUGAAUCUUUGCCAUUGGUUUUGGUUUUGGAUGAACUCCAAGAUGUUGAAAGGCUACUUUUGAGUAAUGAUUAUUUUGGCUUUGCCCACCAAAGAGUCGAUGUAAUUUUCAUG